ACCGGAAGUUCCUCCGCACCCUGGCGAGCGUUUUGUUCCAGACGGUUCCACUGGUGAUGAUUGGAGCAGUGUUGGCGGACGGGAAAACAAACGCGACUUAUACUGAUAUCAAUCACUAGCAGCAAGCGGUUAACCUGAACGUCGGUUAGAAAUGGAUGUCCAAAAGGACUUGCAGCCUCCAAAACAACAACCCAUGGUUUAUAUUUGUGGAGAAUGUCAUACUGAAAAUGAAAUUAAAGCCAGAGAUCCUAUUCGAUGCCGAGAAUGUGGUUACAGAAUAAUGUACAAGAAGAGAACAAAGAGAUUGGUUGUUUUUGACGCCCGAUGAAAUUCAAAGUUUUUCUUAAACUUGUACUGACAAGAAUUGCUGGUGUUUGCCAUCUAGCUUUGUCGCACAUGUAAAUUUCACCAAGCAGAAAGGCUUUGAUAUUUUUAUGUUAAUAUUAAACAAUUAAAAUAUUGCUUGUAUCUUUCAAAACCUAUAGUAUUUACAAGACCAGUUUUAUUUUAUUUGAUGAAAAUAAAUGCUUCAUGAAAUUGAUAUUUUUCUGGCUCGUCGAUACAUCAGUUUAUUGCGUUUCCUUUCACUUUGAUUGCCUGCAAUAUAAAAAAAAUUAAUGCAUUUCUCUCAAAGCAAUAAAGAUCAUCUGUGCACUAAGGAAAUGACUAUUAUAUUGGCAUAAUGGUAUUAUUAGUGUAUGACAAACCUGCAGCUGCUAGGUAACGUGGCAUCAUCCAAGAACCGUAUGGUUGUCCAAGACAUGGUGAACCAAGAUUGAUUUGUUUCCAGGGUAGAAGUUGGAUAACUUAAUAACUAGAGAAAGGAAAUUAAGGAUGUCAGGUUCAAUUUUUAAAAUUUGUUCAUGGUAUAUAGUGUUGCUAGCAAGGCGAGCAUUUAAUGUCUAUCCCUAAUUACCCUUAAAUAUCAUGUUGCUACUGCAUAGUAGCAGCAUGAUAUGGCUAGCUUCACCUAUUCCUCAUGCAGUAGUUGCUGUGCAGUAAAACAUGAGUAGUAUUCUCCACUAACCAGAUGCUGCCGUCAAGCCAAAAAGGCGAUAUGCCUGUUGCACAAAUGAAUAAUGUGGUAUAUUCAUUUCAGUGCUGUUGUGAUGCCAGGUAUUUAGACGAAACAUCCCAAUGACUGACGGAUCGUUUCGAACAGCACAUCCCUUUGGCUGUUCGUAAUAGGCAAAGUAUUGACCGUACCCAACCAACCCGUGCUUGCAAAACUCAAAACAUAGUGUCCAACAUUAGAUGUGUUUCCAUGAUUGGACAGCACUUGCUAAAUAAUCCUGAUUGUGCUAAGAGUUACACUGACAACCAAUUUAAGAUUAUCAGUCAGGCUAGCUGCCAGUGUGGCUCACAUAGGUAUGCUAGAAGCUGCAUAUAUUCACACACAUGGCCCUGUUCUUUGCAGACAAAAGGAGCAUGUCCACGUGUUGCACCUUUUUCAACGAAACAAAAGCUUGGGAGAUGGCCAUUCCCCAUGACAAUGCCUUGAUCAAUCAGAGUUGACCUGCCUGGUUUGAAUUUAAACAAAAGCUUUGAAGUUAACUGUUCCUAAUGCAUUGUCCAUGGCAACACCUCUACCAAUGGAAGUCCACUUGCCAACCAAUUUGCACUGUCUUCUAAUGCAAUGUAAAUUGUUGUUCUCUUUACAAUUUUUAUUCUUGUGAAUCUGUCCUAAUGAGUUAAGACUGAAAGCAUCGACAGCAUGUCUUUCUUUUUCAGUAAUCAAGUUCUAGUCACGUACUACCAAAUGACAAUUAGAAUCCUAUUGUGAUCUUUAAGAAUACUACAUUUCAUAUAUGAUUUCCUUAUGUUUCAAUAUCUAAAGCUGAUUGUCAAUAUCACACUGAACCUUCUGUUGCUCAUGUUAUGAAGAUGUGCUACAUAGAAUAUUAAUUUGUAAUGGCAUCGGGAUAUGAAUAUAUAUAUAUAAUGUUUUAUAUAUAUAUAUAUAUAUUACACACACAUAUAUAUUGAACUUUUUGAAAAGAACAUUUUGUGCUGAACGAAGAAUACUGGCCUACAGCAACUACUAAGUUAAAUUUGUGAAGGCCACAAGCCACUUUAUGGAGACAGAGUCUAUGGAGCUCUGAGACAAUUGCUGAGAUAAGCCCCAGAUUGAAAUCAAAGAGAGGCCAUGUGACCCAGCUCUUGGGUGUAAAAUUUGAACUAACGGAGACAGCAACAGGGACAGUAGGGCAACAGCUUUAUCUCUCUCUAUCUCUCAAACCUUUCUCAACAAAGCUGAACCCUAUUGUGUUUUGAAAACCCACCAGAAGACCUCAUUGCUGCAAACUGAAAAGUUCUUAAAGGGGAAUUCCAACUCAUUACCACUGUCGUCAAGAGAAAAGAGAAUCUACCAGCCACAACUGCAGAGUGACUGUUUUAGAGAGAAACAAGUACCAGCAUUCACCAUGGAAAAUAACUCUCUAGCUCUGAACAAACAUUUGAACAAUCCGUAAAUAAUUUUUCUGACUUUUUAUCUUUUUUUAUACUUGGUCAGGUUUAAGAUGUGAUGCUCUGUGAAGUUUCAUUUCUUUUUGUGUAUGCCUGAGAACAUUUUAUGAGUUUUUUUUGCAUUAGUGGUAAGUUGGACAUAUUUGCACAUUUUAAACCUUUUUAUUAAUGAUUUCUGUAUCUUUACCUGAAUGAGUUUUAGUAAUAAAACUAACUCCUUGUUAA